AUGCAUUUCUACAUACUAUUUAUUGAGAUAGUCUUUGGUUCUCACCUAUAUACGAGAUCAAACGGUAGUGUGGAGAAUCAAAUUUUUAGAGAAUGCUCUUACUCUGGUUCUAAUUCGGAUCACUACCUAUUUCAAUGUAUAUAGGAUUAUGUUUUUGUUCCAAAAUUAGAACUCGCAUAAAAAUAAGUAGAUAUUAAAUGGUUUAUAUAAUAGAUUGGCAUUUAUUCUUUUGAAAGAAAUGGUGAAAUUUAGUUAAGCAACUAUGUAAUUUGUCAGAUCAUCACAACUGAAGGAUAGAAAACCUUAGAAAUAAGAAGGACUCUGUAUACUUAACAUUCUAAUUUGAUUAAGAAGGAAAAUAAUCUAAUGUUUUAUGAUCUCACAUAAAUAGAUUCACUCUGUACUAUGGUAUCACUAUUAAAAAGAUAAGGCAAACAAGAUUAUUUGAUCGAAAUGCAUCCAAUCUAUCCUGGAAAUGUGAAUUAGUUUUAAAAUAUUUCAUACAAAUUCAAUUCAGAUGAUGAUAGAAGCAUUUUUGGAUUUUCAUAAUCUUAUAACAAAAUAAGAAAUGCUCUAUUGUUAAUUGUAUUGAAGUAGAAUCAGAUCUAAUUGAUUGAAUACUCUCUAUUUGAUAACUAAUUCAGAGAGGCAUCAACAUACCCUUUAUCUGAAAAUAAAGUUCCAUUAAAUUGGAAAGUGUGGAAAUCAGGGUACAUAAUCAUCACAUAUGAGCAAUUCUAAGUACUCUAUAGCAUAGGAGAGACUUUAUAUGAAAUUUAAGAGAUAUAUUGGUUUGAUUAGCAACCUCUAUAAAUGAUAACUAAUUUUGAUGGAACAGAUUCAAAAUACAUAUUGUAACAAAAUAUGAACUACACUAAAAUAUUCAUUAUUGAAGAAAUUCAAUAUUAAUAUUAAUCAAAAUCUGUGAGACUAAUUCAAAAAAUCGAUUUUUAAUAUUCCAAUAUUGCAUUUCUUUUAGACGAAACUGAGUUAAUAUUAAUUUAUGAUCAGUUUGAAACUGCAUAAGUCCAUAUUAAUCAUAUAAUAAUGGAUCAAUUUUAAUUUUGCUAAUAUGAUAUCGAAGAAUUACCUUAAAUGAAUUUGGAAUCUAUCAAGUAUUAAUAAUCAUAUCAUACAAAAAUUUCAUUAUAUCCAAAUGAAGUUAAAUUAACUGAAAACUGUUCGAUACCUUGCGAUCUUAUAUACGAACCUUUGAACAUUUCCUUAAUACCACAUAAAUCUGAAUGUAUAUUUGAAUCUUUGUAUAAUGAAUUUUUAAAUGGUUGCAAUAAAUUUAAUAGCUGUUAUGCUUGUAUGUAAUAAACUGGUUGUGAGUGGAUUGACGAUAUAUGUUAGACUUAAUAGAAUUAUGAGGGAAUAGACUUAAAUUAAGUGAAGGAAAGUUCAAAAUGGUUUGUUAAUAAAAUAUUAAAGUGUGGCUAAGAGAUCGAGUUUAAUUAAACAUAUUAUGGAAAUGUAUCAAAAGGUACGGUAUUUACAUUAUUUCAUGAUGCGACUACUUUUUAAGAAUUUAAUUUGGAUUUCAACUUAUAAGUAGAGUAAUAAUCAAAUAUGAAUUUCAUUUAACAGAGUAUAUGCUUAGGAAAUGAAUUGUCAUAAUUAUGUGAUGAAAUAUUGAUUAAUCAUUUUAACUCUGAUUUUAGAUUCAAAGGCUAUUACUUUAGAAUCACUUUCGUAAUUUUGGAGAAUAUAAAAGUGAGUGAUCUUUCAGUCACAAUUAAGUCAUAAGAUUCUCUAAUAGAUUCAGAACUUUAUAGAAUUUAUAAACUAAUAGGUUGGCUUUGUUUAGCCAUAAUUCUAUUUGGAACUAUCAUUUAUUUAGCAAAUAAAAGAAUGAAUUAUUUAAUUUAAUUAUCUCUUUAAAAUAAUCAGCACAGUUUGGAUACUGAAAGUCUCUACAAUGUGAUGGAGUAGAUGAUUAAGGACAAAGUAAUAGUAAAGGAGAGAUUUUCAUAAUAGAUCCUAAAAUACGAUGAAGACAAGUGUCCUUUCUGUAUUGAGAAAUAUGAAAUAAAACAGGAUAUCAUAUAGAUAUUCUGUGGACACACUUUUCAUUUAGAUUGUUUUGAAGAUUGGGUAAGAAUUAAUACAAAAUUAGUGAGAUGCCCAAUUUGUAAUUAAACGAUUGAACACUUUUUAAAGAACUAAGAGUAAUUUAAAAAAUCAACCAACGUUUGA